AUGCGACGCUUUCUGUCAACUCGCCGGGUCCGCCUCCGCCGACUCGUCCACGUCCGAGCUGCAUCCGCCGCUCCCCCCUCCUAUAAGUCCGCACCCGUAAGCGCGCAGCCCCAUCUCCUCCCCCGCGCCUAUCCGAUGCAGUCCUACUACCACUCCUUCGACCCCGUCGCCGACGGCGUCUUCGCCCUCGACCUCGACGAUGUCCACCAGCACCCGAUCCUAGACAACGCCGACCUCUUCGACAAGCCCUUCGACCCCGCCUACGGCGCCGUUGACAUGGUCUCCAACGCCGACACCUUCACCUUCGCCAACUGGCUCACCGAGCCCCUCGACCCCGCCGGGCCCUCCGCCCCGAUCCCGAUCCCGUCGACCUCCGCCCCCACCGUGCCCGACACCCCCGAGUCGCCGUUUCGGACCGACGCGUCCUUCUCGCCGUCGUCGUUCUCGCCCUACAGCGACUUUGCCGCCCUGCCUGCGUCGCCGCCGGCCGCGUCGCCAUUGUUCGCCCAUCCGAGCGUGUACUCGCCGCCCGCCGUUUCGUCCGUCUCGCCACCCGAGACCUUCAACCAGCAUCAAUGGGGCGAACAGUUCUUUGUUCCGAGCCCGCCACACCUCGCGUCGCCGUUGUCGCCCUCGCUCCCGCUGCCCCCGCUGCCUGGCGCAGACGAUGACUACUCUGUCACGCAACGGCGGCCGAUCCACCGGCAGCGCACGACGUCCGUCACGCAGCUGUUCCAGAGCGCGAGCGCGCCUGCGCCGUCCGGGCUGAUGCUCUCGCGCCCGCACGCGCAAGUGAACGCGCACAUGCCGAUGCUGUCGCGGCCAUACAGCCGGCGGGCCGAGUCGGUCUCGUUCUCGAACGACGAUCGCGAGGCGACAGUGCGCGCUCGGAGGAAGCGCCCGUCGCCCGCCGACGAUCCCACCUUCUCCGUUCUCGCCAUUUCCCCUCGUGCCCACGCCCACGCCCGCGCCCGUAAUAGACCCCCGCGCGCUCCCACCCUCUCCCGUCUCUUCCGCUUCGCGCUUCUCGUCAGGGCGUCCGCUGACUCGUCUUGGUUCGCAGCAGGUACAGCCCCGGCCAAGUCAUUGCUGCGCCCUCCAAAGCUGGCGCCGAGCGCGUGGCAGCUCUAUUUCACCGAUUGGAUACAGCGACACCAGGAGACGAGCACCAAGAAGCUCAACGUGGCGCAGGCCGCCAAGGAAGCCGGCCAGGAAUACGCUCUGCUCUCCGCGGCGGAGAAGGAGCCGUAUAAACGCCGCUCGCAGAUGCUCAAGGAACAGCGCGAGCGCGAGCAUGCCGCGUACAUGCGCACGCUCACCCCCGAGGACAUCAAGCGCGAGAACGCGUUCCGGACUUCGCAGCGCAAAGCGGGCAAGUCACGCAAGGGGAAUAUCAAGGACCCUAACGCGCCCAAGAAGCCGCUCAGCGCGUACUUCAUGUUCCUUCAGGCCAUUCGGUCCGACCCGGGCCUCGUCAGGGAGGUGUUCGGACACGAGACCGAGACGACCAAGCAGAGCGUACUCGCAGCGUCAAAGUGGCGAUCCAUGACCGACGAAGAGCGUAAGCCCUUCCUUGCGCAGGCCGAGCGAGAGAAGCUCGAGUACGAGACGGCUCGCAAGAUCUACGAGGAGGGCUCCGCCGCGUCGUCCCCCGGAUACUCGAACAUCAACUUCAGCAUCCUCCCCGGCAGCCCCGUUUCAAGCGCCGCCUCGAUCCCACGUACUUUUGCGGCCGCGCCGGCGACGUCGGCGCCGUCCAUCAAAGUCGAGGCCGGCGAGGCCGAGGCGCGUCUCAAUCGGGAAGGCGCGACCGCCGCCACCGCUGAUGGCUUUUCCACUUUCCACUCCAUCCCCUCUUGA